CAUCGGGUACCUUAUUAUCGCUUCAGUAAACACAUUAACACAUGUGUAUAUAUACUGUCAUGAACUAUAUUCGAUUAUAUACAUGUUCUAAGGUAAAUUAAGUGGGUUUAAAACUGCAUAUGUCAUGGAUUAAUACCGCAGACAUUUUACUUGAAUAAGAUUUGUGCUGACGCUUUCUGAUCCUCAAAAUGGCUGAAGGCGGUCUCCCUGCGGAACUUGACUUACAGCUACUGGAAUGUCCAAUCUGCCUUGAGCGACUUCAACAACCCAAGUCCUUACCCUGCCUCCACUCCUUCUGUCAGGAUUGCCUAGGAACUUGUAUCACCAAGGAGAUGUCCGGGCAGAUGGCGUCGGCAACAUCAUUUUCUUGUCCAGUUUGUAGAAGGAUGACCCAUCCGGUUAAUCAGACAGAAACCAAGGAUAAAUGGGCAAAACAUUUUCCGACUAAUACUGUGAUAAACGAACUUCUCCAGCUAAAGGAACGUUCGUCUGAACCAUUGUACUGCAAACCCUGCCAGACAAAAGGUAACCUGAACAACCCAGCCAGUUUUUGGUGCAAGACGAUGAACGAGAACUUUUGUGACACGUGUAAGGUUCACCUUCACGAUAUCAUACAUAAUGAUUGUGAUAUACUUAAUGUCACCGGAAACCACAGCAAACGACAAAAAAAAGAAACGUCUGCCCCUCGGUGUUAUCAACACGGCGAACAAAUGGUUCGGUAUUGUGAGGAUCACCAAAUUCUGUGCUGCAACGAAUGCGUGAUCGAAGACCAUAGGAGUUGUGUAAAAGUACCAAAGGUGACGGCAUAUUGUCAGAAGGUAAAAGCAGGAUCGCAGCUAGAAGACAUGCAGGCGGCAUUGAAGAAAGGAACAGAGAGUAUGAGCUCAUUAGUGAAGGACUUUGAUGAACAGCUCCAAAUCAUGAUACAGAACCAGGAAAUCGCACUUCAGAGCAUCUCAGACCUGCGUGAAAAGGUCGAUAAACAACUUGACAAACUCCAGAAGGACAUCACCGACGAGUUGAUUACAUUGUUCAAAAAAGAGAAAAGAGACAUGGAGGCAUCAUCACGGCAGUGCGAACGUCUGAUGAAUGGAAUGAAAAAUACCCUGAAAUCGUCCAUUAAAUCCGUAGAGGAAAACGACAACAUUGAGAUGAUAGUGUUGUAUCAGAGAGGACAGGCAGAAGUGGAGUCGUGUAGGACCCUGGUCCCUGAGUUGAGUAAAUCAUUCACAUCCGUCAGCAUCGAACAUCAAAUUGUUCCCAGACAUGAUAUCAUUAGGGGUAAAGCGAUGGGAAAGAUCGUCGUCGGAAAACAACCACGAUGCAUCCCUGAGAGCCAUAGCGAUUUAGUAAAAUCCAUGUCAGAACGACGAGUGAAAGAAAUCGGAAAAUUUAGCACCAAGUCCCUGUCAGAUAAACAGAAUAGCUAUGCCCGUGGUGUUGUGUAUGUGCCGAGUGCACAGAUAAUAGUAAGUGAUUUCUACAACAAAAAGUUGAAGUUAUUUACAGACAAAGGACAGUACCUGGACGAGUUGAAUGUUCGGGGAAAUCCCUGGGAUAUGUGUCUGGUAAACAACAACACGGUAGCGGUUGCUCUCAGCAGUCCUGGAUGUGUUAACCUCAUAGAAGUCAAGGCCUCAAAACUCUCCCUGACUUCUACCAUCAAGGUGUUAAAUGAUAAAAACUGUUAUGGUAUAGCACAUAAAGACGGGAAGUUGGUCGUUGGUACGGGUGGAGGAGAAGUAUACAGUUUGAGACAGGACGGAGCAGCCGGGUUGGUAUACAAAUAUAGCAACACAUGCCGGUCCCUCACUCAUGAUAUCAAAAGAAGAGACACACUUGUCAGUGUCAAUAACAUCACACAGGGAAACGUCGCGGUAUCUAGACUGUCGUUUGACACACGUCGUACGGAUGUGUUACAUGUUGGAGUCGUGAAAGGAGCUAUGGGGAUAGACGUGGACAUGGAGGGUAACAUCUACGUGUGUGGGUUUGAUUCCCACAACGUCGUUCAGAUCUCUAUGGACGGGACACACGUCAGGGAACUGCUGACGUCAUCAGAUGGAAUGGUCAAGCCAUGUGCAAUAGCUGUUCGUGGUAACACAUUUGUGGUCACUAAUAACAGUACUACAAACGAGAGCAACUAUAUCCGUGUCUUUCAACUGUGCUAAAUGAAAUACAAAGAAAAGUAGAUGUGUGCUGGACACUUGAAAUGUAUGCUUAUAUCUUGACGAUAGAAUAAACACCGUGCAUAUAUCUAUACAAACUUUACUUUAAACAUAUAAGUGCUGGUAUAAACGCUGGAGGAAUCAGUUUCUCUACCUAUCAGCAAUGUUUUAGUGUGAGUGUAGUAAAUCUAUAGCUUUACAACGAAACACAUUAAAUAACCAAAUGUUUAAAUUACAUUCGUUUUCUUGUAUCCAUAUCAUAAAUAUGAGAUAGGUGUGAUGUGCUGGUUGUCACGAACUAUACAGGUAGAGACGAAGACAAGUAAAUCCGUAUGUAUAACUCGUGUAAAUGGUAUACAGUGAACACUUGGUUUGUUAGUCAAUUUUCACACUUUUUGUUUAUCCUUAUGAUCGAAAAAAAAAAAAAAAAAAAUGCUCUAAGAUGCAUACACUGAAAAUAAUCUAACCAAUGUAGUAUGUCUUCACAGAUACGCUAGGAAUCAUCAGUUUCAACUAAAAUAAAAGAACAUAUACACACUGUCGCUAUUAUUCUAGAGUGUCAUCUUUUUAUCAUAUUCAAUAAUUAUGUAACAAUAUUCAUCUGAUCUAUAAACUAUACAAACACCUAAACAAAUGGGAAUUAACGUAUUUUUUGCAAUUACUAACUGUCAAUUAUCUAGUGAUGUAAUCGAUAUAUGUCAAUUGUCAAUAAGUAGUGGAUAGGAAUGAACCCUGAACAUUAAAUGUUAGUCUCUGACGACAUGUCUUUAGACUAUCAGUUUUACAUGUCUAAUAUCAAUGUGAAUUAUGUACCACAGGCACCAGGAACAAACAGUCAGCAAUUACGGCCAGACGGCUCAUUUUUAUUUGACUUUUUACAAUCCCAUAUUGAUUCAUGUUAUCUUUAUUUCGUGAAGAAUAGCAGAUAUACACAAUCACAGAA